AAUGUGGGUAGAUAUUUAUGAGACAUUCACUCGUGACGCAUGUCAAUUAUUAGGCAUAAGUGUUGAAAGUCCACUUGCUAUAUGCAUUAAUGCAGGAUGUACUGCUGUCCCAGCUUUACUGAAUAUAAAACAAGUGAUGAUGCAACGUCAAGUCAGUGGCAUAUGGAACGGUAAAGAUGAAUUACCAAUAGAAAUUGACCUUGGUACCGAUAAAAGGUAUCAUUCAAUGUUUGCAUGUCCAAUAUUAAGACAACAAUCGACUGAAAAUAAUCCUCCCAUGCGACUAAUCUGCGGCCACGUUAUAUCCCGAGACGCAUUAAACAAAUUAUGCAAUGGAAACAAGUAAGAAAACAGUCUUUUUCUUGGAUUUAUCUAUUAAAC